AUGUCCAAGUUUGGUGUCCUGGUUAUGGGCCCUGCGGGUGCAGGCAAAACUACUUUUAGCAAUGCAGUCAUUCAGCAUCUCCAGACUACGCGUCGCAGCUGUUUCUAUGUCAAUCUCGACCCUGCCGCCGAGACCUUUGCCUACGAACCAGACCUCGAUAUCCGCGAUCUGAUCACACUAGAAGAUGUCAUGGAAGAGAUGGGCCUGGGCCCCAACGGAGGUCUCAUCUACUGCUUCGAGUUCUUAUUGCAGAAUCUGGAAUUCCUGUCAGAGGCAAUCGAACCGCUCAGUGAAGAGUAUCUCAUCAUCUUUGACAUGCCCGGCCAGAUCGAACUCUACACCCAUAUUCCUCUCCUACCGUCUCUCACCCAAUUCCUCUCCCGACAGGGACCAUUGAACAUCAACAUGUGCGCCGCCUACCUCCUCGAAAGCACAUUUGUCAUCGACAAAGCCAAAUUCUUUGCCGGAACACUGAGCGCCAUGUCUGCCAUGCUGAUGAUGGAAAUGCCCCACGUCAACAUUCUAAGCAAGAUGGACCAAGUCCGUGAUAUGGUCUCGCGCCGAGAACUAAGACGCUUCACCAAUGUGGAUGUGCAACUGCUGCAGGACAAGGAGGAAGAUGACCUCACUGCCAGUGCCAACCCCAUGGCCACGGAUGCUUUGAUGAGUGGUGGAUCCUUCAAGCAGCUCAAUCGGGCUGUCGGACAAUUGAUUGAUGACUUUAGCAUGGUUUCAUUCUUGCAACUCGAUGUCCAAGACGAGGAUAGUGUCGCGGCCAUCGUCAGCCACAUUGAUGAUGCCAUCCAGUACCACGAAGCUCAAGAACCAAGAGAGCCAAAGGACGAGGUCGAGGUGAACUAUGAGGAUUGA